AUGUGCAGCGACUGGUUUGCCGUGAGCAUCGCCUUCACGCUCCAGUAUGCGCUCGUGCUACUUCGACUGGACGGGCUCCUCGGCUUUGGCUGGGGCUAUGUCUUUAUACCCACAUGGCUGCUACUAGGCCUUGUACUGGCCGGUCUUGGGUUUCUGAUGUUUCUUCUGCUCGAUGAUAACGACACGUCAUCGUCCAACUUGCUGGCGUGUGGCGGCCUCGCCUUGCUAUGUUUGCGUCGGCGCGCCCGGUACUCGACCCUUGUGAUUGGCUUGCCCUACUUUGGCGCCAUGGCACUUUUGAUUGCCGUCGGUGCGGUCAUUGUCCUCUUUUACGUUGAAGACGAUGCGGAAGCAGAAGCUGUUUGA